CGCUGUCUGGUGAAGAUGGCUGAGGAUGAGGAUGAGGAUUAUGUUUAUUUCGGGUCCGCGCUGGAGCCGCUGGAAGAUGAAUCAACCAAGAAACCAGUUCCUCUGCAGGAGCAGACGGUCAAAGAUGAGAAGGGGAGGUACAAACGCUUUCAUGGGGCUUUCACUGGGGGCUUUUCUGCUGGCUAUUUCAACUCGGUGGGAUCAAAAGAAGGAUGGGCACCUUCAACAUUUGUAUCUUCACGGCAGCAAAAGGCAGAUAAGCAGGUCUUCAGUCCCGAACACUUCAUGGAUGAAGAGGAUCUCAAGGAUCAUGGAAUUGCGCCAAAAGGAAUAACAACGACGGAUGACUUUGCCUCGAAGGCUAAAGACAAGAUCCAGGAGAAAUCACGAGCUUUGGCAAGCGUGGCUGCUCCCAUUCCCGGGGCCACCAUGUUGGAUGACCUGAUUGCUCCAGCAAAGAUAACAAUUGGUGUGCAGUUACUGCGGAAAAUGGGCUGGAAGGAAGGACAAGGGCUUGGACCACGUGUGAAGAGGAAGCCUCGGAAGCAACAGUGUGAUACAGGUGUGAAAGUGUAUGGGUGUUCCUUGCCUGACGAAGAUUUGGAUGGAUCGCAGGAGGAAGAGGAUGAGUAUCAGCCUGAAAAUGUCACCUUUGCACCAAAAGAUGUGAUGAUGAUAGAAUUGACAGCAAAGGAUGACCGGCACGGACUUGGGUACAGUGGAAUCGAUCCUCACAAGGCUUUGUAUGGAGCGUCAAGAGAGGAGUCCAUUAGCAUGUUCAACACAGACUCCAACAGGUCAAGCAGUCUACUGGGCGAUGUGCAAUCCGGCAAAGGGAGAAAACUCGGCAUCACCGGGCAGGCAUUUGGUGUGGGUGCUCUUGAGGAAGAUGACGAUGAUAUUUACGCCAGGGAUACAUUGUCACAGUAUGAUACGGUGCUGAGAGAGGAAGAGCCAGGUGAUGGGCUGUAUGGCUGGACAGCACCACAGCAAUACAAGAAAGCAAAAGGUUUGGAGCCUCAGACGGGAUAUAUCGGAAAAUUGUUGGAGGGCUUCUCGUUGGGAUCCAAGUCGACUAAACCCAAAAAGGUUUACGGCCCUCCUGAACUGCCGAGGGACUACAGGCCUGUUCACUACUUCCGACCAGUCGUGGCACCAGGGACUGUCAGCACUGCAAUGGCGCAGGCACUUGUGGCAUCAGUAGGGCAGCUCAGCACCGAGGCGGGUCCAAAGGGCCGGCACCAAUUGAACGCAAUACGGAGACGAGAGCUGCUUGGAGAAGAUGCUCUGCAAGCAGGCCCUUGCUCCGUGUUUGAGCUUCUAACUGGAAAAGACAAAGAGAGGCUGAAGGAUGUGCAGCAGCAACAGGCUGCAAGCUGCGCUUCUGCUUCCUGGGAUUUAUCCAGUCGAUCCCAGGCCCUGGUCGCGGAGAAGGCCCGGGCUUUACCGCUCACUACACUUGGUGGAGAAAGGGUCAAGGAUUCGAGUGAAUUUAAACCCUUUCUGAAGAACCCUGAGAAGCAGAAGAGAUAUGAGGAAUAUGUGGAGAAGCUUAACUCAGGACAGAACAAUGCCCUGGCCAGCAGCCUGGAUCCCAACAUGACAGAAUGGGAGCGAGACCGGGAACAGUACGAGUUUAGCCGUGCAGCCAUGUUGUAUCGUUCCACCAGCAACUCACUAUCAUCCCGCUUUACACGCGCCAAGUUUGCUGAGGCCACAGACAAGGUGGAAGUGCCUGAGGAACAGGAGAGUGACAUCAAUGAUAAAGAGUCUGCAGUGAAAAUGAAGAUGUUCGGGCGUCUCACCAGGGACAAGUUCGAGUGGCAUCCAGAGAAACUUCUCUGCAAACGAUUCAAUGUUCCCGAUCCCUACCCAGGGUCAACAAAGUCUGGGCUCCUCAAGGUUAAACGGGACAAAUAUUCUGUGUUUAACUUUUUGACCGUCCCCACAGCUCCUACACCCAGUGGAAUAGAAACAAAAAGGGAAAGUGUACAACAUGACAAUGUUCUGAAAUCACCUGAAUCCAGAAGAAGGUCCAGGUGGGACCUGUCGGCAGAGGACAAAGAGAAGGAUAUCAUUGAUCGUACUUCUAAUCUGAUUGGUUUGAAUACUGCAGCAGAAACAAGAUUAACACAACAUACAGAGAAAGAAAUCGAACAGGACAGAGAAAAUAAAAUUGCAGAGGAGGUAGAUGCUGAGGAGGAAGAAAACCGGCCGUCCAUGGACUUAUUCAAAGCUAUCUUUGCCAGUUCAUCUGAGGAAAAGUCUUCAUCUUCCUCCUCCGAUGAGGCAGAUGAGGAUGAAGAUGAGGAGCCCAGUGAAGUGGACCCCCCUCCUGGAGUGCAAGCUACAGUGGAGUCGGUACCGCCAAUACCCACCUCAGUCUGUCAACCAGUGAAAGAGCCUGAUCAAAACCCACAAACUGCGCAGUGUAGCCCACAGAAACCCACAGACACACAGGAAUUCGGGCCCAGGCUCCCCCCAGCUCUGCUCUUCGCUGAAGGUAACUCCCGCCCAUCGCCCGAUUACAACACGGGUUCUCCAGUAUCGAAAUGCAGGUGGUCAGAGGAAUGCAGUAGCAGCACAGCUCAGCAGAAGGACAAACAGAAAAAGAAACACAAAGACAGACAGAAGGGAAAGAAAGCAAAAAAGGAGAAGAGAAAGAAACACAAGAAGCACAAACACCGAUCAAAACCAAGGAGCAGGAACCCGCAGGACAGUGACAACAGCUCAGGAGACUCCAGACCACAGCAGGGUAGUGGCGGGAGUGACAGUGGCAAAGAGGGCAAAGAGCCCCCCUCUGUGUCCCAUGCAGAUCUGCUGAAGCGAUUGAAAAAUGCUCCGUUGAAGAGACGGUGAGACAGGGUGGCAGUGAAGGGGAUGGUGAGGUGGGAAGCUGAGUAGCCAGUCACUCUGUGAUAACCUGCAUUCUCCCCAUGUUCACACUGCAUUGUGUCCUGACUGUUAUUGGCUGGAAGCUUUUCUUGUAAAUUGUCAAUAAUGGCCCAAAGAAAGGAAGCUAGACAGGGAACACUAAUGCCGGUGACUCUGACACAGAAGAGCUCAGCUCACUGACCUGUCAGCAUCACAUGCCUUCUACAAAUUCCACCUUAUAUAUUUUUUUGAUUGUAACCAACUGUGAGAAUGUCAUGAGCCAGUUUGCUCGAAGCACCUGGAACUGUUGUGAGCUCCUGUCUUAAUAUAUCUUCCAGUCAGAUAUUACUGCAAUUGUUUUGAUUUUGCUGCAGCAUUGCCUGUGUGGCUGUCAGUGUUAAUUCUAGAUUGCUAGCCUCCAUUGUGGUGCUCAGUACCUUUACCAGCACAGCUGGAAGGAUCAGGAUGAAUGAGAGAAGGAACUCCUCCCACUACAUCCCUUGCCUGUCACCCCAAUGUAUUUAUUGUGAGUGUCUCUCAUUCUCCCGCAGAUUAUUCUGAUUCUCUGCUGGCUUACUGAGGCUGCUGGAACUGUUGUGACGUAUUUUAUUUAUCAAAAUUAACUCCACAUGAAUAUUGUGAUCAAAGUCAGAGAUAACUAGAGAUCUUGGCCAGUACUAGGGCUCACUGGUUGGUGCUGGGUAUAUGGAGAGGGGAUGAUCUGUCCCACACUAAACUAUUGGUACUGCGCUGUCAGGGGAUGGAGUGACAACGCAUCCUCCUACAGGCUGAGCUCUUUCUUUGGCUCCUGAGAAGAGACUGAAUACCGUCCCACAUGGAUUUUGAAGCAAGAGAUUCCCCAGGGACGCACUCAGCCCAGCUCCCAGGGAACGACUUCAGAGCAACUGGUAGAACAGGUCCAAUCCCUUGCUGGAGUGGGGGGGGGUGGGGAUGGGAGCACAUGCUGGUGUGCAUGUGGAGCUUGUUGAGUACAAAUUGGCUGCUGCGUUUCCUAUAUCACUACAGUGAUUAUACUUCAAAAAAUACUUCAUUGACUUAGAAGCGCUUUGGGAUGUCCUGAGCUUGUGAAAGGGGCUAGAGAAAUGGCAGUCUUUCUGUAAUUCUCACCAAAGAAAUGUUACUGCAACUGAGGAAGCUUAAAUGACUAAAGACAAUAUAAACAAACAGUCUGUCAUACUGCUAGAAAUGAAUAUUCUGCUGUCAAGGUCUAGCAGGGACAAUUAAUCUCAUGUACAGUAAAUCAAAAUGUGAAUGAAUUUGGAUCUAAAUCCUUGAACUUUGUACGGUUUUCUUACUGUUUUAAAUAAAGUCU